AACGUUGCACGACAGCACAAAUGUGGCAAGCACAGCUCAUCAAAGCUGACGUUUUGGGUUGUGAAAUGUGAUUUUUUUUCUCUCCCCCCCAACGGCAGAAUGCGAAUAAACGCUUUUAGAAGGAUGGGCGAGCGCUUUUAGGGCUUGAAAACCCAACGCCCGAGCGAAAACUUCUACACGGACUUGGCUCGCUCAGACGUGUGGAGGGUAAAAAAGGAUUCACCCCAAAAUGGAGCUCGGCAACGGAGCGGCGGUGAGCACCGACGGCGUGCUCGACGUCUCCCACGCCAACUUGAACGCUUUCUCCGCGGACAGCGUCAGCGACCAGAAGAAACGAGACACGAAGCAGCUGUAUUUGAACAACAACCGGCUGUGCGAGUUGCCCUCGUCGGUAAGACACUUCUCUAACCUCCAGUUGCUGGACAUAAGCAACAACGGACUGUCGGUCAUCGGUGAGGACAUCACGAGUUUGGUUAAACUCAGGACGCUCGUAGCUAAGAACAACCGACUGAACGAGUACUCGCUACCCAAGAACUUCGGCUCCUUGCAGCUGGAGGUCUUGAACUUGAGCGGGAACCGCUUCGAAGAGAUCCCGCUGCAGUGCACCAAACUACGGCGUCUGCAGUCGCUGUCACUCGGUGGAAAUAGACUGAAAAGUAUUCCGGUGGAGAUUGAAAAUUUAAGCAGCCUGGAGGUAUUGUACCUGGGGGGCAACUUUAUCUCAUCCAUCCCGACCGAGGUGGCCAACCUGCCUCGCCUGAGCUACUUGGCGCUGUCCGACAACAGCAUUCAGAGUGUUCCGCCGCAACUCACCCGGCUGCACUCGUUGCGUUCGCUGAGUCUCCACAACAACCAGCUGAGGUAUAUGCCGCGGGAGAUUCUGAGCCUGGUGCGCUUGCAGGAGCUGAGCCUGCGGGGGAACCCGCUGGUGGUGCGCUUUGUCAAGGAGCUGAUGUAUGACCCGCCGUCCUUGUUGGAGCUGGCCGGCCGAGCCGUCAAGAGUGGCAACGUGCCCUACUCGCAGCAAGACUUGCCCAACCACCUUCUCAAGUACUUGGACUUGGCCAGCAAGUGCCCCAAUCCCAAAUGUGCCGGCGUGUACUUUGACUCGUGCGUGCGCCAUAUCAAGUUCGUGGACUUCUGCGGCAAGUACCGGCUGCCGCUCAUGCACUACCUGUGCUCGCCCGAGUGCACGGCCUCGCCCUGCAGCUCCAACCCGCAGAGUGACGCAGAGUCGGACGAUGACAGCAGCGUACCCGCUGACCGCCUCCAGAGGGUGCUGCUGGGCUAGGACAUCAAUGACCUACUCUGAACAACCAGUACGCACACUUUACCUUGUUCAGGUUUGAUGGACACUAGGGGUGCACGAUCUCAAUUUUUAAAAACCGAUUUCAAUAACUUUCUGCUCCUCAAAGCCGAUAUCGAUUACCAAUAGUAAAUAUAUCUUCUUUUUUUUUUUUUUGAGUUUUUGAACACCUGGAGGUUUAAACAAAAAAUGUGGUAGAUUCAACAUAGAUUUGCCUUUGACCUAUCCAUAUUUUUCAUAAUGACAUGAACAUUAUUAUUAUGAACAAAACAAAGACAAGAACUGACUUCAAAUAAAGCUCCAGUAUUUUUUCAAAUAUUAUUUGAGUCAAUCACAAUCAAUUAGUCAAUAUAAUUGAAGUUGUGUUUGCUGAACACUGAACUAAAACAUAAA